AAUCUUUAAAGAAAAUUCAAGUUAUUUGUGAAUAUUUAGAAUUUUCUAUACUGCGUUACUGCAACAUUUAUUUUGUGUGUAAUUAAAAAAAUUAUAAUCUUGUCUACGAUUAUCCACAAUAACCAUGUCUCGACAGAACACGAGAUUAGACGUUAAGAAAGUUAACUCCGAGUUAUUUACUUUAACUUAUGGAGCCAUAGUGUCGCAAUUAAUGAAAGACUAUGAAAACGUUGAGGAUGUAAAUAAACAGUUAGAUCGAAUGGGUUAUAAUAUUGGAGUACGAAUGGUUGAAGAUUUUUUAGCACGUACUAAUGCUGGAAGAUGUUAUGAUUUAAGAGAAACUGCAGAUAAAAUUCAGUAUGCAUUUAAAAUGUAUUUGGGUAUAACUCCGGCUUUAACUAAUUGGAGUGCUGCUGGAGAUGAGUUUUCCUUAACAUUUGACACUAAUCCACUAACUGAGUUUGUGGAACUACCAGAUAACUAUCAAAAUCUCAAAUAUAGCAAUAUACUUUGUGGAGCCUUGAGAGGAUCAUGUGAAAUGGUCCAAAUGGAUGUGUCUUGUUGGUUUGUGCAAGAUCAACUGAAAGGUGAUUUGGCCACUGAAUUGCGAAUAAAGUUCAACAAAAGGUUAGAAGAUGCUAUACCUGCUGGAGAAGACUAAUUUGACUUGGACUCAUCUGUAAAUUAAAUAAUUAUUUUAAUAUAUUA